AAUAUAAAAAUUUUUAGAGGUUAUUUCCGACAAUUUUUCAGACAUUUUCUUUUAAGUACUACAGAUAUGGGAUCUUCUCACUCCUAUCAUACCCCUUCAUCAAAGCUGAUUUUGAACUUGGAACUCCACAAAUUGUCAAAGUCGAUGGCUUUAUAACUUUAUCACUAGGAUUCUUGGCACAUACUUCUGAAAAACUAUUGCUUCUUUACAUAUGAUAUGUGUUAGAAAGAAUCUUUCUUUAUGACUUUUCUUUGGCUUCAAACCUUUUAGCAUCUAUCCAUAGAAGCCAAAGUGCAGGUGGAAUAAUACCUAGAGCCCUCUCUCUAUUUCUAUUGGUUAAACUCGCAGUGCGUGAACCAAUUGUUGUGUCCUGAAACAAGCAACUAUGACUUGGAGCCAUUAAUAUUCUUCUUCAAACCUUGAAUAUAAGAAAUAAUCAAUCAUUUGCCAAACUCUGUUGAAAACAUAGCCAGGCUGGCUGUUCGGAGCCUCAUAAAUUGCGGAAAGACGAACAAAGAAUCAUCAUUUGGCUACAAUCGGAAAGAUGAUUCCCCUAGUUAGCAAAUUAUACUGUUCAUCUUCCGAGGUUGUGUUUGUCGUUAGGACGAGACCACACGUCAUUAAUGGAGGAGGUUUUGUAGUGACAAAUUGUGAUCAGAAAGUUGUUUUUAGUGUUGAUGGGUGUGGGAUUCUGGGAAAGGAAGAUGAGCUGAUUCUGAGGGAUGGGAAGAGGGAUGCUUUGCUUUUACUCCGUGGGAAGGGAGGGAUUUUUGAGGCUCUAAGCUUUCAUAAGAUGUGGAAGGCUUUCAAAUACGAUUACCAAGGAUCCAAAAAGUUAAUUUUCAGCUUGAGACGGCCUAAGUCAUGUCUUCCUGUGAAAAACGACGUUGGAAUCAAAAUCGCGACCAAACCAAAGGUUAGCAACAAAGAUUGGGAUUUCGAGAUCAGUGGUUAUUUCCCUGAUAAAAAAUGCAGCAUUAUUGAUUCUCAAGGCAAUGUAGUUGCUCAGAUUGGAACGAAUAAAAAGGCUGGAGAGCUCUUGAGCAAGGAUAUCUACUAUGUGUCGAUAAAACCUGGAAUUGAUCAGGCCUUUGUUGUUGGAGUUAUUGCCAUUCUCGACAACAUCUAUGGCGAAUCAACCAGCUGCUGAAUUUGCAAUGAGGAAGACAAUUUAAGAUAGGGGAGGAUGGUUAUUGCUUGAUGGUAAUUGUUUGUUGCUCUUCCAUCAGAUUGUGAUUAAACUGAAGGUUUGUGGUGGCACUCCAUUUCGCUUGUCUCCAUGAACUGGGUCUGCAUUUUUUGUUAACAGCAAUGUAUUCUUUUAGCUUUUAUAGCAUUCAUCCGUGUAAAUGUAAUUGAACUCUUCAGCUUCUCCACUGCCUUUUGAUCA